UAAAAACUUUAUGCUGCUACAAGUUUUGCAGUGCGUGCACGGUUUAACCCUCUACAUUCGGUUUAACUGCAAAUUAAAGUGUUAUUUCGUAUUUAACAGUCAAAAUGUUCUAUUUCUGAAAUUGAAAUAGUUUAAGUGUAAAAAAUUUACGCGUUCCAAUAUAAUACGUUUAAAAAGUAUAUUACAAAUUAUAAUAAGUAACUAAAUGACUGAAAAACAUUUAGAUUCUUUUAUCAUGUCAGAACCCUUGAAAUGUUUAAAUUAAACAGUACCUACAAGUAUAGCUCCUGUUAUCCAUAAUUUUUAUUUACAAUCUAAUUUCAGUGGCGAUGCACGAAAGCUGCUAAAAAUAGCCGGGGUUCGCGCGCUCACGUCGCCCGCAACCGGCUCCCAUUUUUACUACUCAUACUAUUUCUGUCUAAAAAGUAUUAACAAUUUGUAUGAAUACAAAUUACAUGGACUCCUUCGCAGACAAUGAAAAAAGUUCGCAAAAAACGAAUAGUCGCAAAGCGACAGUGAACCUAGUGUUGUUUUAGUGCUUUCUUCGUCUGUGCUUCUUUAUUUACAGGGAAAACGUGAAAAAAUGGCGCUUGUUAUGUUACCCUGCGACCUUCCUUGGUGGACUUCUGUUCAACGCCACUUAAAGCAUUUGCUCGUAGCUUCCUCCCCUGCUAAACUAACGGCCAGUAUGCUCAAAAUUCACGAUAUGUGCAACAUUGGAAUAGAUCCUGAUGACGACAUUAAAGAUCCAGACCUAUUAAAAUGUUUGGAGCAAUUUUUAGACCAAGAACUAGAUGAUGAGGAACGCAGAAGUUUUUUGGAUAACACAAUAAGAAUUAUGGUGAAUAGAGCACUGCAUCUUAAAAAGUGGCGUCCACCGAAAGGACUUAUGUUUAGUCUACAACAACAAAGUGAUGUAACAGAACUCGAUUAUAAUUUUUUGUCCUCCCUUAUCGCUCACGCCUUUUUUUCAACAUUUCCGAAAAGAACGCUCAAAACACAUCCAACGUUACAAGACUUCAAUUUUACGCAUUUUUUUAAGAAUUUACACAGAAAAUCUCAACGGAGUAAAUUAAUAAGCCUUUUACAUUAUUUUGAAUGGCUCGAUAAAAAUUCCAAUGAGGGAUCUAUUAAACUAAGUAGACAGGUAAUGACUUCAAAACAGUGGUUAACUAUAGAAGACUGGUUGGAGUGUACGCUUCCACUAUGUAAGCUCAUGAUUAGACAUGAAGGUAGACCUGAGAGAUGUGAAAACGACGAUGCCAUCAGAGUAUGUUUUGCAUCCAGCAGAAUAGGCGGAGAUGUGCUUAUAGAUGGUGAAUCCCAGGAAUCAUUAUCGAUGUUCAUGAUGCCUGAACUCCUGCCAGCGAUGCUGUCCGUAGAAGCGCUAGAAGACAACGAAGUUUUAAAAAUAGAGGGUGUUAGAAUGUUUAGUCGUAUAAGUGACAAAAAGUCAAAAUCUAAUGUAGAAAUACUCAAUGAACCCAAAACGGUAACUGUGUGUUUAAUGGAUGCAGAAGAUUAUAGUGCUCUUCCUUUAGGACAGUGGGAGGAAGACAACGUAUUACGAGAAUUGAAUAAAAGUCUUUUAGCCUUUCAACAAUCUCCAACGAAGUGUCGUGACAAUCAAAAACAUGAACGAAGAUUAUCACCUAUUGGAGAAUCCUUUAGUCAUACACCACCAGAAGUAGAGGCAACUGUAAUGAUAAAACAAGCGUCUUCCUGCAGUACAAUAAAUAGUCUUAACAGUCGAAGCCCAUCUCCGCAAAAUUACUGCGCAGCAACAUUGAACCUAAACGAUCCAAGUGUUGAAAUGCAAAAGAAAAAAUGUUGGUUGUCUCCUGACACCGAAACAUUAAACAACCGAAGAGGCAGGUUUAUAGUCUUAGGAUCUUCUGGAGAAUGUUUGCCUGUAACAAGAACUUCCGGACUGCGUACUGCUGAAACUCAAGAGGACAGCCUCUAUUCGAGUUGUAACUCAAGCGAUGAUGAAUAUCACAGUGCCAACAAUAGCUUUGAUGAUGGUGGAAGUGAGGAUGAAGGACGAGGAGAAAGUGGUCGGCCAAAUUCGUUCCAAUAUUCAAAGGAAUUAUCCACCGAGGAGAGAAGAUUAAGUUUUGCUUCCCGUCUUCGAGAAGCACUUAAAAGAGAAGCAGAAAACUCUUGCACCACCAGUACUACGGGCGAUUGGUCCACCGACAGUUCUAGUUAUGCAGUUGGCGUUAGUAUAUCCGGAGCAGGUGUUAAUGAUAACGAUAUCAGGGUAAAACGUGGUGGCUCCGUCGGUUUUGUAUUAACUGAAGAAGAAACUUUAGAAAAUGGUAAUAAACCUAUACGACGUUUACUAUCUAGGAAAGAGACUGGCAAUAGCUCUAAAUACAGUUUUAGCACGGAAUACACAUCUGAAUUAGAAGAAGUUUACGAACAGUUUAAUCAAUGGUUAAAUGACCCUAUUACUGAUAACGAAACUGCCGAAAAUAAAAACCGUGAAUUAGACUCGAGGGAUUUAGCAGUCAUACGGUUUGCUGGAUCACUACUGAAAAGAACACUAAGUGAAUCGAUGGCGAAUGGAGCUGCCGGAGUAGGAUCUGCAGGGGCUGAAGCAGCGGAAUUGUACGGAAGAGAUACUCGCGAAAGGAUCGCCCCUCGAAGACUAGCUCUGGCAGCACGCUCUUUGUCACUAGAGCUGGCGCGUCAUCGACAUCGUCUUGCUGCACAUUUGAGACGUAAAGUAAAAGAAUCGAUACCAGAGGAGAUAAUACAGACUAAGGAGAUGGAAAAUGCAAUUACCGAGAUAGACCUAAACAGUAAUUGCUCAAGAUCUUUUAGUUCCUCAACAGAGACGACUGCAACUCAAAUAUCAAAUCCUAGUGUUAGAAAGAAAAGACUCAAUUGGGUAGUAAAUAUGAUUGUCGAAACAAUAGAAGAAACAGUUGAAUGUGAACCUGUUACGAUUAAAAUAAAGAAACCGAAGUUAAACGAGCUGGCGAACAAAAUAGUGUCCGGUGGUUCAUGCAAGCCGGUUGCGACUGGGAACUGGGGCUGUGGGCGGCGACAGCGCGGACACCCGCAACUAAAGCUCUUGCUGCAAUGGAUGGCGGCUAGCGUCGCGGGAGUACCCGCGGUUUUCUAUUACACCUUUGGAAAUGAAAAAUUGUUUAAGCUGGAUACAUUAGUCAGGGUGCUGGUCGACCGGAAGUGGACAGUCGGACAACUUGCCCGUGCCGUGCUCAAAUUUGCGCGGCAAUUUCUUCAUGAACAUCACGUUAUACCGGACAACCACACACUUUUCGACGAACUUAUUGGUAUUGAAAAAAUACCUGAUGAUUACUAAAGAUUACAAUCAUAAAUAAAAAAUAUAUUUUGCUCCAAAUUAAUCAUAUUGACACAAUACAAUGUUUUUCAUAUUUAAAUGAA